GGGCGGGGCUGGCUCUGCGGCUCGCGGAGCCGGCGUCGGUGCGCGGCGGGAGCGCGCGGACGCUGUAGCGGCCGCGGAGCCACUAUGGGCCCGUCCGGGUCCGGGCCCCGCUCUGCGCGAGCCCCGGCCUAGAACCAGAAUUGAAACAACAAGAUGAAUGACCGGCACCAAGGGGGCAUUAGCCCCCUCCAACAAAUGGUGGCCUCGGGUGCUGGGGCUGCGGUCACCUCUCUCUUCAUGACACCCCUGGAUGUGGUGAAGGUGCGCUUGCAGUCUCAGCGUCCCUCAGUGGCCAGCGAACUGAUGCCUCCUUCCAGACUCUGGAGUCUCUUCUACACCAAAUGGAAGUGCCUGCUGUACUGCAAUGGUGUCCUGGAGCCCCUGUACCUGUGCCCAAACAGUGCCCGUUGUGCCACCUGGUUUAAGGACCCCACCCGCUUCACUGGCACCAUGGAUGCCUUUGUGAAGAUUGUGAGGCACGAGGGCACCAGGACCCUGUGGAGCGGCCUCCCGGCCACCUUAGUGAUGACUGUGCCAGCCACUGCCGUCUACUUCACUGCCUAUGACCAACUCAAGGCCUUCCUGUGUGGCCGAGCGCUGACCCCUGAUCUCUACGCACCCAUGGUGGCCGGCGCGCUGGCCCGCCUGGGCACCGUGACUGUGAUCAGCCCCCUAGAGCUGGUGCGGACAAAGCUGCAGGCCCAGCAUGUGUCAUACCGUGAGCUGGGCACCUGUGUCCGGACUGCAGUGGCUCAGGGCGGCUGGCGCUCCCUGUGGUUGGGCUGGGGUCCUACUGCCCUGAGAGAUGUGCCCUUUUCAGCCCUGUACUGGUUCAACUAUGAGCUGGUGAAGCGCUGGCUGAGUGGGUUCAGGCCAAAGGACCAGACAUCCGUGGGCAUCAGCUUUUUGGCUGGUGGCAUCUCAGGGACGGUGGCAGCCAUCCUGACUCUGCCCUUUGAUGUGGUGAAGACACAACGCCAGGUCACACUGGGAGUGAUGGAAGCCAUGCGAGUGACGCCCCCACGUGCCGACUCCACCUGGCUGCUGCUGCGGAGGAUCCAGGCUGAGUCAGGCACCAGGGGCCUCUUCGCAGGCUUUCUCCCGAGGAUCAUCAAGGCUGCCCCCUCGUGCGCCAUCAUGAUCAGCACCUACGAGUUCGGCAAAAGUUUCUUCCAGAGGCUCAACCAGGAGCGGCCUCUGGGCCGGUGAAGGGGCCAAGGGAUCUCUUCUGGGGAUGGGGUGAGAGGUCAGGAGGAGACUGAGCCAAGUGCCUUUUCCUCAGCACUGAGGGGAGGGGCCUUGUUCCCUUCGCCUCCAACUGUGAGCCCCAGGGCUCAGGGCUGCUGCCCCUCUGGGCCCCCUCCGGUCCUCCUCAGACAGCUUCCUGUGGCUCCCCACCACCAAGGAUUAUCACUCCCCCCAACCAUGAGUUCAAGACCAAAUCUGCUAAUCCCCUACCUUUGUUUAUCUCUGUGUUUGCCAUAGCUGGGCCUGCCCCCAGGAGCCAAAACUCCUGGGCCUCUUUCUGUCAACCCUACCCUUGCCCUGUUAAUUCCUUAAGUCUAAAGAUGAUGAACUUCU